UUUAUCAAAACACUUCCUGGAAUACAGAAGUUUGUUCGGAUUAUGCAACAUAUUGCUCCGGGCAAUAUUUACUUUUGUUUGACAUCAAAGUAAAUAUUCUCAGUUGCGAUGAGCAAACUAAACAAACAAUUUGAUUAUUACACGUAGCUUAAAGGUUAUUUACUUCAAUAGUAAUUUCAAGUUUUAUUUACGCAGUUUUUUUAUUUGCUAUUAUCCUGUAGAUGGGCGAGCGAAAGGGAAUUGGAAAAUGAAAGUAAAACUACCCAGUGUUCCCAAUUUCAAAUGUAAACAAUCCGAGCAACAAGCAAUGAUUUAGUGACAAUCGAAAUAUCACGAUUGUCAAAUAUUCACAAUCCAGUUUUCUCUCCAGUUUUGAGAUUUCUGAGUUAGCUUCUAUUCUGUUAAUUAUUUUCAAAUGUUUUAGUUAAAUUAUCCAACUCAAACUUUUAAAAUGUGGCUCAAGGUCGUACUUUUAGCUACAUAUUUAUUGUGUCUGUUUUUGUUAUCUCGAUUGUUUGAAGCUGCAUCUUGGUAUCAUGACACAGGGACGUUAAUAAGUUCUUUUGCUGCAUUAAAUCCGAUUGAGCUUAGCGUUAAAAAAUUGAAACAGUUGUUAGAUGAUCGAGGCGUGAGUUAUUCUGGUGUUGUAGAGAAGCAAGAACUUGUUGCACUUGUAGAGUCUUCAGGUUCUCCUACAAGUGAGGAAGUGAUGGAUGUUGAGACUCCUUCAAAAACUUCUGGCGAAUCCACCAAGUUCACUUGUGGAUCUCACUUUUAUGAAGAAGUAGAAGAUACAAAAGAUAGUGCUUGGUUGGUACAAGUUGUUAUGGAUGACAUGGAUCCACCAUUACUGCCAGAAAAAAUCUGGAAAGAAGUCAGAUUAAAAGUUAAAGAUUUUGGUGUUAGAACUGGAGUAUUCAAAUGCUCUUUAGACAGAAGAUUAUGUGAUCGGAAAGGAUGGACAACUGCUCGCCUUAUACUAGCUCUUCCUCGAGGAAAUAAAGCAAAAGAAGAUGUCAUUAUGCAUAAUUAUUUGCUACCAUCCUCAUCUCUUUCAGUACUUCAGUGGGUAAGAAAGCAUCUUGCCUCUCGGGUUAAGGAAAUCACCUCUGAUUCUGAAUUGGAGCAAUGGAUGACUUACACACCUUCUUCAAAAAAGACUGAACUGCGGGUGAUUUUAUUUUCCAUUUUGAAGUCGUGUCCAAUGUUCCUGUCAGCUCUUGCUAUCAAAUUCAAUGGUAGGGUAAAAUUUGCAACUGUAGACACAUCCACAGUGAAGUCUUAUAAAAAAUUCAUCAAUUCCUUGGAACAGCCUGUGUAUUUAGUUGUAACUCCAGAAAAAAACUUUGUGUAUGGUAAAAAUCGAGGUGAGUGUUACAACUUCAAAUCCAUGGAGUUUUUCCUACGAACUUUUGUACCUGAAAUGAAUGACAUUUUCUUGUGGUCAUUAGUAUUGGUCAAUGCAAUUGCUGGCUUUGAAUUGUUUUUCAUGUAUAGUCAUAUAUGGAAACAUUUCUUGUUAUAUGUUAUUUGUGUUGUUAAGUAUAAUUGUGUAUUGUUCCUUCUUUGGUUAAUGGUUUUAGGCCUUUAUCAGUUUCCAUUUAUGCAGACUUGUACUGAUGCUUUUCUUCAGUGUGUACGAUGUGUUAGUGGGUCCAAUAUAGCUUCUGUUUUAAGAGCUGAUUAUAAGAGCUUUUACUCAUCUACAUUUCUGUUAGGGACCUUUGUUGUGUUUGCCAGUAUUUCCGGGUUUUUUCUGCGCAAGUUCAAAUGGUUACAAGUUGACGAUGAUACCUCCAUAUUUGCCCAUUGGUGGUCUGUCCCUGGUGAAACUGUCAUAUCACCUUAUUUCUUUAGAUCAAGGGUUCCUUUAACCAGGUCGAUUGCCCCUCUGGACCAUGACCUAGAAAUUGGAAUGGAACUCCUUAUAGAAAGGCUUGCUGUUCCAAAUUUAUGGUUACAACCUGUGAUAAACAUGGACUAUCUUAAAGACCUACCUGUCUGGAGAUACCGUGGUUGGUGUGAAGCUGAUGACGAUGACGGGAAAGUUGAGGUUUUGUAUUCUAGUGAUGAUGAAAAUACAAAUUUAAUUACAUUCAAGCCAGUGCAUGAAUCUACAGUUCAUGAUGUAGAAUCAACAGUAUAUACCAUGUCACCCCAAUCUAAUAUUUCUCCAUCUAAUGAAAAUUCCAUGGCUAGUCAAGAGCAGUGUGACAAAACUCAUGACCAGAGUAUUGUGGAUAGUGCACCUUGUUCGAAUAUCACCUCUUCGUCCUCAUCUUGUGCAGCUUGUGGUUCAGAUAUAUCAAGUAAGCCCAAUUCUGAAAAACCCGAAGAACAAAGAGCACCACAAGGGAUGUUGGAAUUUAGAGAAUGUUCUAUUUGCCUGGAAAGUUAUCGUUAUUCUGAACUAUUGUGUGGUCUUCCAUGCGGUCAUAAUUUUCACAUGCACUGUAUUAUGUCCUGGAUAUCGCGAGACAAUCAUUGCUGUCCAAUUUGUCGUUGGCCUUCUUAUAAAUGUAAAAAUGCUUCUUUACACUUGCACACUCAGUAAUUUUAGUUUCUAAUUAGAGCAGCCGGAAUCUUUUUUUUAAAAUACAUGCACCAUUAAGCCAAAAUUUUGAUGUCUGCAAAAUUUAGUUUUAUGUCCUGUAUUUGUACAUGUGAUUACUGUUAGGUGUGAAACUUUUAAAAGAAUCUUGCCAAGUGUGUCUGGAACUUCGUUUUACUCUGAAUAGUAGAAUUUCUAAUUUCUGUUUAAUUCACUAGAUUUAUUUACCUUAUUUAGAAAGUACAAAAUAUUCACUUGGUAUAAAAAUGAGCAGAGACAUUAAAACUUUCUGAAAACUGUAGAAGUUUUUUUAUAAAAGAGCCAAAUUUUGUCUAAAAAUUAUUUGUAGUAGAAGCUAUUGGUAAAUGUAGAAUAGAUUGAUGGAUUUCUACCUCUUUAAAUUUCGUUACUAUGUCCAAUUUCAAAUUCACCAUAGUGAUUUAAAGAAUAAAGCCUGAUUUAAAAGAAUGUUUUGAGGAACAAUUCUUGAUUGUUUUACAUGUAAUUUUAACUGUUUCAAGUUGUGAUUAUAAUGAGAUUGUUAAGUAUACACAUUUUAAAGUUGAUCAAAUUUUAUGUCAAUAUUCAACAGUUUAAAUCAAAUUUAGCAAAAAUUGUUGUAAAAAUGUCCCCUUUUUCUCUUUAAAUAACGUUUUUCAAGCUAAAAUAUUUAAUUAAGUUCAAUCAAAUAAUUUCAAAGUAUUUUUAAAUAUCUUUAUUCUUUUUUUAAUAAUGUUUAUAUUCUGCUUGUAGAUUUGCGAGUUUUAUCAUUUAUUGAUCUGAACUAUCUUAAAUCUUCGAAGCUAUGCCUGAUCUGUAUGUGGGUAUCGUGACUGUUAUACUCGUAUGUCAGUGUAUGUUUUGGUGUAUAUAGUUGGUUGACACAAUUGUUCAAAUCUUUAUGAAUAUUUUCCGUAUUAUUUCUUUUCAGCUAGUCUUCAGGAAGCUGUUCCAAACCAAUGUUUGUUUUCUCUAAUUAAUUUGUGCAAAUUAUGUUUUUUUUUCUUUUCUUUUUUUUUUUUUUGCCAGCUCAUCAAUAAUUUAUUCUCUUAAGUCUUAAUUCUUUAUUUUAUGAUGUAUACACAACAAUUCAAUUUUUGUGAUUGCGAAAACUGCAUAGUUUUAAAUUUAUACUGGUUAUUUCAUAGCAUAUUUAACAUUUUUUUUUUUCUCCAUUAUGUUGUACUCAAUUAUAUGACAUAAUUUUAAGCAUUGCAAAGAACAGAGAUAUAUACUGCAUGUGUAGUAUUUUCAAUAUGUGUGGCAUAUAGAUGUUUGUUGUUCAGACUUUAACCUCUGGCUAGUAAUGAAAUUAUAUGGUGUUUGCAGUUUGUGAUUUUCAUGUUAUUACAUUUGUACCAUUUCUUUAGAUUCACUGAUGUAAGUGGCUUCAAUCAAUUUGGAUAUUUUAUAUAAUGGAUUUUUAGAUGUUCAAUUUGUUUAAAUAUGCUUUUUAAAAUAUUAUGUUGGCAAAGUAGUAGAUCUGAGUACACAAAAUUUUCAUUAUAUAAAGUAAAUAAUUCAUAAUGAAACUGAUCUGCUGAUGCAUCAUAUUUACAAUCAGUUUCCAUAUUUUAAACUUAUAAAGUGAAAUCUAUUAAAAAUACUAUAAUAUGAUUAAAAAUUAUAUGAAAUCAAUAGCCAUCUCAAGUUUAGUUCAGAUUCUUUGCUGAAUCAGUAUGACAACACAUUCCCUAAACAGAAUAUGUCUUCUUGUUACCUUGUAAAGGAAAUACAUGCUAUGGUGUGCAAUCUAUUUUGUCGUAACAGUUUUUUAAUUUGUGUUCAGGACUUUGAGAAUUAGAAUUUCUAUAUUGCUACAAUUUGUGUAUGGGAACAAGUGAUAGCCAAAAUUCGUUGAUUGAUUCAUUUUUAAAAAUUUGAGUCCAAAAAAUUUCCAAGGUAGCUUUUAUGAUAACUUUAUUUCAAUUCUCAAAUAAACUAAUUAAAAGAAUGUUUAAAGAUAAAUAUUAGGGUACUUUCUCAUUCCAAUUAUAAAAAUGUGUUUAAUUAUUUAUGAUGCAUUUAUUGCAAAAGAAUUGUUUUUAUUAAUAAUAAAGAAUUGUAUUGUUCCUAUUGGUUUCGGGGGAGGGGGUGAAUAAGAAAUUACCUGAUUUUAUCUCCUGUCUUUAUGUAUGAUUUUAUAUUAUCAUAAAGUUGAAUUUUUAUUUUAUAAUUAUCUUUAUUUGUUUCCUUCCUAAUUGUACUGUUUAAUAAUAUUUUUUUCGCCAUGUAUUUCUUAUCUUGUCUUUCUAAAGAAUAUAUAAGAUUUUAUAAUAGAGAACUAUUAAUUUUUGCAAUAUUUUCCUCUUGUUCUUAAUUGCAAUGUAUUAAAAUUUCUCUUGGUUUUUCCAAUUUGAUAGUUUUAUAAACAUUUAAAUGCAUGUUUUUCAAUUUUUUUAAAAAGUAAAUAUGGUAUUAUUUUCUUAAAGCAGAUCACUUUAAAAUAGUUUCUGUGUUCAACUUAUGAAUAUUCUCUAUGCUUUUGGAAAAUAAAUUUUAGUUCAAGAUAUUUUGAAUGACUGUCUUCAAAAAUAAUUUCACUCUUUUGUAAUACUAUGUUAAAAUUAAUAACAUUAUUCCAUUACAAAAUUGAUUGUAAUAUGGAAUUACUUAAGAUAUUUUAAAAAAAAAUUGAUAAUUAGAUAGGAUUAUAUU